GCGGCUCUGACCACGUGAGUGAGGAUGUAAUGCCCCGGAAAGGACGACAUAAAGUCUUUCCAGAUCGAGACCGGCAAGAUGGCAGCGGACGCGCAGGUUUCGGACACACUCAAGAAGUUUGCUGUGAAAGUGACCACGUCAAGUGUUAAAGAGCGCAAAGAGAUUUUAGGAGAGCUGCAGGAAUGCAUAAGUGGAAAGAGCCUGCCGGAGCCAGCCAUCAAAGGUCUAUGCAAACUCUUUUGUCUCACCCUCCAUAGAUACAGGGAUGCAGCCUCUCGACGUGCUGUGCUGUCUGUUAUUGACCUGCUGGCCCAGUCUCAGCCCGACGCCAUCGCCGCCAACCUUCCACCUGGCCUGCUCAACUGUGGAGUUGUCAGUAAGGGUGUAAUGCCUGGGAAGAGCACGGCGUCGGGUGCUUGCUGUGCCCUGCCAUGGACCUGCCUGAUUGUGCGUGUAGUCUUUCCCACCCCAGAGAAGAGAGAGGGUCCCCAGUGGAAGAAACUGGUGGAGGUGCAGAGUCUGCUGCUUGCUGAGGUUGUGGGCGGAGCUUCUCGAAAUGCUCUCCAGUCUGUCACCAAGAGGCUCAACAAGCUGUGGAAAGAUAACACGGGUCUAGUAGACAAGUACAUGACCACUCUGCUGAGUCUGGACCAGAGUCCUUCAUCACUGCCUCUGCUGGCCUUGUGCAUGGAUUACUGCACUGCCCAGAAAGACAUAGCCACCAUCAACAAGCACAAGGCAGCCCUUUUAGACCUGUACAUGAAGACUGUCCUGAUGAGCAAGACCAGGCCUCUGCAGCACAUCCUGGAUAAAAGCGGAUCGGUGCUUCGCCAUGUCUCUCACUCAGAGUUUAAAGAACAGCUCCUGCCCACCCUGCAGAAGGCCCUGCUGCGCAGCCCUGAGAACUCCAUGCAGACCAUCUCCUCCAUGCUGGCGUCCCUCACUCUCGAUCUCAGCCAGUAUGCUAAGGACAUCGGGAAAGGCCUUGCCAGUCAGCUGAAGGCGAGUAAUACAGAGCUGAUGGAGCAGGCUGUGCAGGCAGUGCAGAACUUGUCUCAGCAGUGCAGUGACCCUAAUGCUGUCCAGGACCUCAUCACGCACCUCUUCGGCAUUCUCGGAGGUUCUGAGGGAAAACUCACUGUAGUUGCCCAAAAAAUGAAUGUGCUUUCAGGCAUCAGGAGCUGCAGUCAUCAUGCAGUCUCUGGCUCCUCCAGCCAGUCGCUCAGCUCCAGUGUGGCAGUGCUGUUUAUUCCAUUCCUGCAGCAGGAAGUCCAUGAGGGAACUCUGGUGCAUGCUGUGUCGGUGUUGUCUCAGUGGACGGGACGUCUGAACACAGAAGUGCCUGCAGCUCUGAGAGACUGGUUUAAAAAAGCCUUCACACUAAAGACCUCCACUUCACCUGUGCGACAUGCUUACCUGCAGGCCAUGUUGGGAGCCUUCAAAGGUGACACCCUCAGUCAGGCUCUGGAUUUUGUUCCUCUCCUCAUUCAGACGGUGGAGAAAGCUGCUGCUCAGAGCUCCCAGCACACCCUGCUCACUGAGGGUGUGGCAGCCUCAGUGCUGCUGUGUCGUCUCUCCAUGCUGGACUCGCUGCCUGAAGCUAAACUGACCUCUUUCUGGAAUCUGAUACUGGAUGAGAAGAAACCUCUAUUUACCACAGAGAAGUUUCUCUCGCAGGCCAGUGAGGAAGCGCUGUGUGCAGUACUGCAGCUGUGUGAGAGAUUGUUCCUGGACCACCCCCACCGACUCAACAACAGCAAGUCCCAGAUGUACCAUCGGGCCACUGUGGCUGUGCUCCUGUGCCGGGCGUGGAGAGUGCGAAAGCGCGCUCAGCAGAGUGUAAAGAAGCUCCUGUCCUCGCUGGGCGGCUCUAGCCUGGCCCACGGCCUUCUGGGAGAACUGCGCGUCGUCAUCAACAAACAUAAGGUUUUGCCCCCAGAGGCUCUUCUAACAGAGACGGGAGAGCUGACCGAUCUUGGCCGGUCGUACGUGCCUCCACGGAACUUUCUGGAAGCCCUAAGCGUGAUCUGCUCUGUGGCAGGCCAGUGGAACGACCCUGCAGAAGCAGAGAAACUGGCUCUAGAUAUCAUUAUCGUCACCCAUCAUCCUUCUAUAGUGGCUGCCAAGUCACAGUUGUGGCCAUUCCUUUUGUCCAGCAUGAAGAUAGACGCUGCAGAGUUUAUUGACACCCACAUGGAGUCAAUCCUCCCUCUGCUGCUGGAGGCAAAUGCUGACAACCAGGCUGUGAGAAAUGCUGUUGGCGAGCUGUCAGUUCUGUCUCCCAGGAAGCUGCUCCCACGUGUGAUGGACCAUGUGACCCUGUGGCUGUCCAACCCGGCGCUGAAGCAGGUGACGCGCCAUGAGUAUGCCAUCAUGCACACGCCAGAGGGAGAGUUGUUCGACAAGAGCAUCAUAAUGAGCGCGCAGCAGGAGAGCACUAAGAAAGGCAACAUGAAGAGAGAGAACAAAGCCUAUUCCUUCAAAGAACAGAUCAUUGAGCUUGAGCUACAGGAGGAGAUCAAGAAGAAGAAAGGAAUUAAAGAUGAGGUGCAGCUGACCAGCAAACAGAAGGAGAUGAUGCAGAACCAGCUGGAGAAGGAGUCCGCCAUCCGGAAGAGACUUCAAGGGUUGGAUAUGGAGCUGCAGUGUGCGGUGGGCCUGUUGGAGGCCACUAUCGCUCGUCAUCCUCCUCAGAUCUCGUGGCAGCUACCUGGAGUUCUGCAGGCUCUCCUGCCCCUGCUGCAUUCCCCUCUAGCCGCUCCCCUCGUCCAGAAGGCCUUCAUCCACACUGGCACCUGCCUACUGCCCAAAGAGCUGCACAACCUGGCUCUGUUGGUGGGUCAUGUGACUCUGCGUCUGCUGAAGCCAGAGUGUGAUCUGGACCCAGCAUGGGCUCAGGAGGAUCUGAACACGGCCACACAUCGCACUGUCCACCUGCUGCACACAUACACUGUUCCACAGAAAGAGAGCAAGCCUGAUGUGCGUCCGCUGUCUGCACCGGCGUUCUCCUUCUGUUUCCCGCUGCUGCAGGCCGUCCUUAGUCAGAACAGCGGAGCGUCCGAGGAGGCAGAGCUCAUGCUGACCCGAGCCCUGCAGACAAUCCACACGCACGCUCAGCUUCGUUCCCAAAACGACGCUUCUGACACGUUCAUAGAUGAGAACGGUCCAGAGCUUCUCCCCCGUGUGAACAUGCUGUUGUUGCUGACCAAAGUGAUCGGUACCUCCACACCCCGCCUGCAGGUGUUGGCGUCGAGCUGUCUGACCACCCUGUGUACAAGCGCAGGUGGGCAGGAGGGCUGUGCGCUGGCUGAGCAGCCCGAGAUCGAUGUUUUGCUGGAUGCUCUGCUUUCUCCCUGUUUCUCCGUCAGAGAUGCUGCCCUCAGGGGUCUGCUGGAGCUGGAGCUGGCUUUGCCUACAGACAGCGCUGAGCCCAGUGGACUCAGUGUGCUCAGGAGGCUGUGGGUGGCUAAAUUUGAUGUGGAGGAGGAAGGCAGAGCUCUGGCAGAGAAGCUGUGGCAGACUCUGUGUCUGGAGCUUGUUCCUGAGCUGUGUCCUUUGCUGAUCGGAGACGUAACGCAUCAUGAAGAGACUGUGCGGGCGGCAGGGGCAGAGGCUCUGUCCAUCGCUGUGAGUCAGUACCAGGACCAAUCAGCUGCCGUCCUGUCCCGACUCACAGAGCUCUACCAGCAGAAACUCUACAGACCACCACCAGUCCUGGACGUUUUGGGGCGAGUAAUCUCUGAAGCACCUCCUGACCAGUGGGAAGCCAGGUGUGGAAUAGCGCUGGCUUUAAACAAGCUCUCUCAGUGCCUGGACGAGAGUCAGGUGACUCCUCUCUUCCUGUUCUUCGUGCCGGACGCACUGAAUGACAGGCACAGCGAAGUGCGGCGAUGCAUGCUGGACGCAGCUUUGGCAGUCCUGAACACCCACGGCAAGGACAAUGUGAACUCACUGCUGCCGGUGUUCGAGGAGUUCCUGAAGAACGCUCCUCAGGAUGCCAGCUAUGAUUCAGUGCGGCAGAGUGUGGUCAUUCUAAUGGGUUCGCUGGCCAAACAUCUUGACAAGAGUGACCCCAAAGUGAAGCCCAUUGUGGCCAAACUCAUCACCGCUCUCUCCACACCCUCACAGCAGGUUCAGGAGUCAGUAGCCAGCUGCCUGCCUCCUCUGGUUCCAGCUAUAAAGGAAGAUGCGGGGGACAUGGUCCGAAAGCUGUUACAGCUGCUCCUGGAGAGCGACAAGUAUGCAGAGAGGAAGGGGGCUGCAUACGGUCUGGCUGGCCUGGUCAAGGGCCUGGGUAUCCUCUCACUCAAACAGCAGGACAUCAUGACCACACUCACCGAUGCCAUCCAGGACAAGAAGAACUCCAGGCGCAGAGAAGGUGCUCUAUUUGCGUUUGAGAUGCUGUGCAACAUGCUGGGGAAGUUGUUUGAGCCAUAUGUGGUCCAUGUACUGCCACACCUCCUCCUCUGCUUUGGAGAUGGGAACCAGUAUGUCAGAGAGGCUGCAGAUGAUUGUGCUAAGGCUGUAAUGCGGAACCUAAGUGCUCAUGGAGUGAAGUUAGUGCUGCCUUCUCUUCUCGUGGCCUUGGAGGAAGAGUCCUGGAGAACCAAAGCAGGCUCUGUAGAGUUGUUGGGUGCCAUGGCGUACUGUGCUCCUAAGCAGCUGUCCUCAUGCCUGCCCAGCAUUGUCCCCAAGCUAACAGAGGUGCUGACUGACUCGCAUGUCAAAGUGCAGAAGGCCGGCCAGCAGGCCCUGAGACAGAUUGGCUCAGUCAUCCGCAAUCCUGAGAUCCUGGCCAUCACCCCCAUUCUGCUGGACGCGCUGACCGACCCCUCCCAUAAGACCCAGCACUGUCUGCAGACUCUGUUGGAGACAAAAUUUGUCCACUUCAUCGAUGCGCCCUCGCUAGCUCUUAUUAUGCCCGUUGUCCAGAGGGCUUUCCAGGACCGCUCCACCGACACUCGGAAGAUGGCUGCUCAGAUCAUCGGGAACAUGUACUCCCUCACUGACCAAAAGGACCUGUCUCCAUACCUGCCUAGUGUGAUUCCAGGACUCAAAACUUCUCUGCUGGACCCUGUACCAGAGGUACGAACAGUUUCCGCAAAGGCUCUGGGUGCCAUGGUGAAGGGCAUGGGCGAGUCCUGCUUCGAUGACUUGCUGCCCUGGUUGAUGGAGACUCUGGCCUCUGAGCAGAGCUCUGUGGACCGCUCUGGAGCAGCACAGGGUCUGGCAGAGGUGAUGGCCGGUUUAGGAGUUGAGAAGCUGGAUAAGUUGAUGCCCGACGUGGUCCAGACGGCCAGCAAAGUGGACAUCGCCUCUCACGUCCGAGACGGCUACAUCAUGAUGUUCAUUUACCUUCCUCUGACCUUCGGGGAAAGGUUCACUCCUUAUGUGGGCCCAAUCAUUCCCUGUAUCCUCAAGGCUCUGGCUGAUGAGAAUGAGUAUGUAAGAGACACGGCCUUGAGAGCAGGUCAGCGCAUCAUCAGCAUGUACGCAGAGACGGCCAUUGCUCUGCUGCUGCCUGAGCUGGAACAAGGCCUGUUUGACGACCUCUGGAGGAUCAGGUUCAGCUCGGUGCAGUUGCUAGGAGACCUGCUGUUCCACAUCUCUGGGGUUUCAGGGAAGAUGACAACAGAGACAGCAUCUGAGGACGACAACUUUGGGACAGCACAGUCUAACAAGGCCAUUAUUGGUGCUCUGGGAGUGGAGAGGAGGAACCGCGUGCUCUCUGGACUCUACAUGGGCCGCUCUGACACCCAGCUGGUGGUCAGGCAGGCCUCGCUGCACGUCUGGAAGAUUGUGGUGUCUAACACACCACGAACACUGCGAGAGAUCCUGCCCACACUCUUCAGUCUGCUGCUGGGUUUCCUGGCAUCCACCUGCCCCGACAAGAGAACGAUUGCAGCUCGUACUCUAGGAGAUCUGGUGAGGAAGCUGGGGGAGAAGAUCCUUCCAGAAAUCAUCCCCAUCCUGGAGGAGGGUCUGCGCUCAGAGAAGAGCGAUGAGAGGCAGGGAGUGUGCAUCGGCCUCAGUGAGAUUAUGAAGUCCACCAGCAAAGACGCCGUUUUGGUGUUUUCAGAGUCUCUAGUGCCUACAGUGCGUAAAGCUCUGUGUGACCCGUUGGAGGAGGUGCGUGAAGCAGCUGCUAAAACCUUCGAGCAGCUCCACACCACCAUUGGCCAUCAGGCACUGGACGACAUCCUCCCAGCCCUGCUUAAGCAACUGGAGGAUGAGGAGACCGCUGAGUUUGCUCUGGAUGGACUGAAGCAGGUUAUGGCUGUGAAGAGUCGAUCAGUACUGCCUUACCUGGUGCCUAAGUUGACCGCUCCACCAGUGAACACGAGAGUCUUGGCCUUCCUGUCUUCUGUGACCGGUGAUGCCCUGACACGUCACCUGGGUGUGAUUCUCCCUGCUUUACUCUCGUCCCUCAAAGACAAGCUGGGCACUGAUGAAGGGCCUCAGGAGCUGAGCAGCUGUCAGACUGUGAUUCUGUCCGUGGAGGACGAGGUUGGUCAGAGAAUCAUCAUAGAGGAUCUCCUGGAGGCCACGCGGGGGCCGGACGCUGGACUGAGAGAGGCUUCUGUUACCAUCCUGAAUGCUUACUUCUCCCGAACACGCCUUGACUACAGCGCUCACACCCGCACGCUGCUCUCCGGCCUCAUGCGUCUGCUCAACGACUCAAAUCCUGAAGUGCUCAACCAGAGCUGGGACACAAUCAACUCCAUCACCAAGAAACUGGAUGCUGGCAGUCAGCUGGCUCUGAUAGACGACUUGCACAGAGAUAUCCGCUCAGCUGCGGCCGAGGUCAAGGGCGAACACCUGCCUGGCUUCUGUCUGCCCAAGAAGGGAGUGACCUGCAUUCUGCCCGUUCUGAGAGAGGGGGUGUUAACAGGCAGUCCGGAGCAGAAGGAAGAAGCAGCGCGUGCAUUAGGUGGUGUCAUCAAGCUAACCUCUGCUGAGGCUCUACGCCCCUCUGUAGUCCACAUCACGGGACCCCUCAUCCGUAUCCUGGGCGACCGCUUUGCCUGGACUGUGAAGACCGCUCUGCUUGAGACUCUGACCCUUCUGCUUGCUAAGGUGGGCAUUGCUCUGAAGCCCUUCCUGCCGCAGCUCCAGACAACAUUUCUGAAGGCAUUGCAGGACUCAAGCAGGGCGGUGAGGCUGAGGGCAGCCGAGGCUCUGGGUCAGCUUGUCUCCAUUCACACCAAAGUAGACCCACUCUUCACUGAGCAGCUCUCGGCCAUACGGAAUGCAGAGGACUCGGGCAUCAGGGAGACGAUGCUACAAGCCCUGAGGUUCGUCAUUCAAGGCGCUGGGGCAAAGGUUGACCCCACCAUCAGGAAGAACAUCACCACCACACUCUUGGGCAUGCUGGGGCAUGAUGAGGACGCUACUCGGAUGGCCUCUGCAGGGUGUGUUGGUGUGCUGUGUGCCUUCCUGUCUGAAGAGGAGUUGAAGACAGUGUUACAGCAGCAUGUCCUUGCGGACGUGUCGGGAGUAGACUGGAUGGUGCGUCAUGGCCGCAGUUUGGCUCUCGCUAUAGCGGUUAAGUCUGCUCCUGAAAAACUGUGUGCUCCAGAGUACAGCUCAGCCGUGCUGGAGGCCGUCUUAUCCAGUGCCACUGCAGACAGAAUUCCCAUAGCUUGCAGUGGGAUCAGGGCGAUGGGUUACCUCAUGAGACACCAGAUCAGAUCAGCCGGAGGAGAAGCUGUUUCACCUCGCAUCAUCCCUCAGUUCGUCAAGUCUCUGCAGAACCAGUCGAGUGAUAUCCGCCUGGUGACGGAGCGAGUGCUGUGGUGGGUAUGGAAGGAGGCGGAUACUCCAGCCAUGGAGCCCAAUCUGGUGAAGCCUCUCAUCAAAGCCCUCCUGGACAACACCAAAGACAAGAACACCAGCGUCCGCUCCCAGAGCGAACACACCAUCGUCAGUCUGCUCCGGCUCCGCCAGGGAGAGGAGGGCAUGCAGAGGGUCAGUGCCAUUCUAGACUCAGCUAGUAAUGAGCUGCUAUCUGAAUGUUUCCGUCGGUCGCUGAAGAAAAUCUCAGGCCUGCCUGACUCCAAUGAAGAAAUAGACGACACCAUCCUCACGUGAUCUGCCCGAUCAGCUCUCUCUCCGGGAUACAGUUAUGCAGUCACUAAUGUUCUCAAAGAACAGUCUGUUGUGAUAAAUAAAUGGAAUACUUGCAUCUGCUACAUGAAGAGUAAUGCAAUGACAACACACACAUGCACUUGUUCCCCCACCCAUGCUGGCUUUAUAUGACCAUGUCAAUUAUGAGACGAGGAAGCACCAUCGUAAAAUCGUAGUCGACAUCUAAAUUUGGGUUUUUUUAUUUAUGAGUUUUCUUAUGUUUUUCUCAAACUUGGAACGGUUGCAAGACAAAAAUAAGUAUUGAUUUGUGCCAAUUAUUUUACAGUAGUCAUUUCAUUUUGAUUUGGUUUCACAUGAUGAGCAUCAGUGUCCACUUCCUCCUGCUUUUUCCUCAGUAUUGUAAUGUGAUUAUUUCCUUCUGUCUGUGUAUGUGUGUGUUGAGAGGUGGGCAACCCAAAGGAUGAGAUGCUGACUUUAUAAUCAGUGUUGUAUCCUUUGAUAUUGGUUGUAAAAAUAAAAUAAAAAUCUUGCUUUAA